ACUUACUAGACUUUAUAGGCCACCUGUACUACUUGUUUAGUGCAGUCCCAGUACAACUGAAAAAAACAAAUUUAUAGUUUAGUGAAACAAAUUAUGUUAUUUUGAAAUUCGAACUUUGAUCUGUUGUAUUUAUACGUUCUGUCACGUUUUCGUCAGCAUCACUGAUACUCUCAAUCUGGAAUAAAUCUGUCGAAUAGUUUUGCGUAAUUCAAUGAGCACAGAACAAAAUACAGAUUUAAUUACAAAUAAUCAACAUGAAGAGGAAGAAAACAGUUUUUUGUCGACAAAAUAUGAAUGGACUUGGGAUGAAAAAGGUUCGACUUCGUCAAGAGUUAAACUAAGAGACAAUAACUCACAUGUUACAUUUAAUCCUGUAUACAGCACUGGUACAUCUGUAGUAAAGGGUGAAAAACCACUAGAAAAAGAAAGGCAUCAUUUUUGGGAGAUUUUAAUGAUAACGCAAAUAUAUGGCACAGAUGUAAUGGUUGGUGUAGGGACCGAAAAUGUACGACUAACCAAUUUAAAUGGACAUUAUUAUUCUCUGCUUGGACGAGAUCAAGAAUCUUGGGGGUUUUCAUAUCAAGGAUAUAUAAUGCACGAUGGCAAAAUAUGUAAAUAUGGGACAAUUUUUGGUCAAAAUAGUAUAAUAGGAAUACAUCUUGAUACUUGGAGUGGCACGUUACAAUUUUUUCUUAAUCGAAAGCCACUGGGUAUCGCUUUCACCAGGUUGAAUAACGUUAUGCUUUAUCCAUUAGUGAGCUCUACAAUGGCUCAAUGUAUAAUGAAAUUAACAUGUAGCUAUUCGAUACCAGUAUCUCUGCAAACUGCUUGCUUAGCAGUAUUGUCGCCUCUGCAGAAAGCAUAUUUAUCAAAAACAUUUCCUGCUUUACGUUAUUUUUCUGAAAGUAUAUUUGCUGAAAUACUUAAAAAAUCUAUUGAUUACGAUAAUGAAGAUGACAUUGAAUUCCCUGCAGAACAUAUCAUUUUAGAUGAUUUUGAUUAUGCCCUUGUAGGACUUGGAAGAAAAAAGAAGAAAUAUUAUUGAUAAAUCUACAUUUAUAUAAUUAUGUGAUAAUUAUAUAUAACAUGAUAAA